UUCCCAUUUCCUGCUAAGGGCUUGCCAUGGAAAAGCAGAGAAACCCCUUCCACCUAGGCACUUACCAGUAGUGCAUCUCACACUAAACUGAGUACACGCUGCUUUGCAGAGCAACAUGUUUUGGGCGUUGACUGUAUCCCUUUGUGCGGUAUUUAUAGCUGGCGGGAAUGCCUUAAAUUGCACGGAGUGCCAGGCUGACGGCUGGACUGGUUGCGAUGGUGUAGUAAAUGCAUGCGCGGCUGGACAGAAGUGUGUGUCAGCAGCAUCUGAACUUACUGAGAUUGAUUACAAUAAAGAGAAGCAUGUCACCAAGAAGGUUACCAGAUCAUGUGCCGAUGCUGGUUUUUGCAAUACGGAAUUGUCCUUUAACUUCAAACAUGCUGCCUGGAAGAUAAGAACUGGGUGUGACCAAGCUGAAGGGCCCGCAAUAAGCCCGGAGGCCAGCCAGAACGAUCGGGAGUGUGUGGGCUGCAUCGCGGUGCCGUGGCUGUGCGAUAAGACCGUCCACUGCCGUGGAGAGGAGGUCAUGUGCAUCAAAGUCGUUGAGCGGGUGGCGGGAAACAUCAUGGUGAGCAAGGGAUGCGCCACCCGGAGCGUGUGCAGGCAGGGCGUGAACAUCUCGGACGUGGUGGGACCGGUUCUGCGGGGGGAGGUGUUCUGCUGCGAAGGUAACCUGUGUAACGGUGCCGGGGGCGACGGGCACGGCGUUCCCCUCAUUCCUCUGAUGGCGUUUCCCCUGCUGGUGUUUCAGGUCUUUGCCUGAAUGACACACCCGUGUCCCAUCAGCACCCUGGGGCCUUGCAUUUCUCCCCUUCAGUGUUUAGUGAAUUAUGUUUCUGUACGCCAAACGACUGGCCGUCAGAACCGGUGGUUUGGCAUUAGAGAAUAGAAGUCUUACUGUUUUUUUUUUUUUAAAGAUCAUUAUUACAUUUUUUUAAAUUUUUUAUUAAGUUUUUUAUUAGUCAAGGACCUGGAAUGAUGGAACACUGCCUUAUAUUGUAGCUGCCUUGCAGGCAAACACCCAUCAGACCCCUGUCUACCCGCCAUAGCUGCCUUGCAGGCAAACACUCAUCAGACCCCUGUCUACACGCCAUAGCUGCCUUGCAGGCAAACACUCAUCAGACCCCUGUCUACACGCCAUAGCUGCCUUGCAGGCAAACACUCAUCAGACCACUGUCUACCAGCCAUAGCUGCCUUGCAGGCAAACACUCAUCAGACCCCUGUCUACCAGCCAUAGCUGCCUUGCAGGCAAACACUCAUCAGACCACUGUCUACCAGCCAUAGCUGCCUUGCAGGCAAACACUCAUCAGACCCCUGUCUACCAGCCAUAGCUGCCUUGCAGGCAAACACUCAUCAGACCACUGUCCUACCAGCCAUAGCUGCCUUGCAGGCAAACACUCAUCAGACCACUGUCUACCAGCCAUAGCUGCCUUGCAGGCAAACACUCAUCAGACCCCUGUCUACCUGCCAUAGCUGCCUUGCAGGCAAACACUCAUCAGACCACUGUCUACCAGCCAGUGUUUUCCACAUCGGCACUCCAGCGCUCUGCCAGCCGCCCUCUGUCUUGCAUUUCUCUCACAGCUGAUUGCAACCUGUUCUGUCUCGCCUCCACUGUUCACCGACAGAUUGCUGUAGUGUCCUGUUACUCAAAUCACAGUCCUUGGCCCUGUUCAGACCUGUACUUUGUAUCCAGAUACAUCUAGAUUGUGUCUAGAUUCAGUCGAGACGGAUGUCAGUUCACACCCGGCAUCAGAAUGCGUAGCCUCCACGUGUGUCUCGAGUGACCACUUGUGAUCGAAUCUCACUUCCCCGCUCAAUAUGCAAAUAAACACGUACAUCAUUUCCGUUUGCAAAGACCAAAUGUGCUGGUUAAAAACAACAUUUCACGUCGUUCAGUGUGGCUUCUUCUUGUUGUUUCGCACUUUAAUAUGACGCCGUUGGCGUGCGAAUGAGAACGUACUUCCGCUUACGCAGAGGACGUCAGUUGACUAGGCGGUCCUUCAGUGUGGCCCAGGGCGCACUCGUGUACACACUGCUAAAAUAAUGUGGCCAUAUGCGACCCAGACCACCUCCGAAUGUGGUCUGAGUGAUCGGAUCUCAAUGAGUCCUCAAUGCGUCAUCAAUGCGUCCUGGGUGCGUUCACACCUGUAGUUAGCGCUGUCCACUUGUGAUCGGAUCACCCGAGACGCAUUUUAAUGCCAGGUCUGAACAGGGCCCUUGAGGGCUGAAAACUGCUGGUUUUCCACCCCUCCCUUUGCCUGGAAGUCAGGUGUGAAGACAGCCAAUCACCAGCAAUUAAUUGUUCUUAAUUGUUCGGUUAAUUACAUGGGAGAAAAGAAAACCAGGGCUGGAUUUUGAUUUGAGGGCCAGACUUGGGCCUCCACGCUUCACUGCCAAUUGGCUGAACACUGGCGGGUAAACAGCGGCUCUGGUGGUGGACUGCCAGUGGCCACUAGUGUUUGUGGGCUGGGUGCCCUUUUUUUUAAAUUAGUUUUUAAAAUUAGAUUUUCUACCCCAAAGAAGGACAGGAUGGUGUUCCUGUAGUAUACAGCAGAGUUUCCCAAUCUUUUUCCUUCCGUGGCACACUUUCCAAAUUUACAGAAUCUCAUGGCACACCACUCUCAAAAGCAUACAAAAAUAAACACCCUGCAGCCCCAUUAAAACAUUUUUUAAAAAUGUAAAGGAUUUUUCACACGGCACACCUGACGGCACACCGGUAGGGAAACGCUGGUAUACAGUAUCGAGUUCUGCACCAAUAAAGCCCUGAUGACACAGAUGCUGUCUCUUUUUUUUUUUUUUUGGCUGUCUUUCACAAUAAUAGCACUUUUAAAUAUUCACCAGGGGAUUUGAAUACUUGCCCUCACUAUGUGGAAACUGGGAACAGUUAGUUCCUUUCAAAGUAGGCUGCUUUU